UAGGUAUUACAGUGAUUUUAAAAUAAUUUUCUAUUAAAUCUAGCAAACUAAUGUAAUGACUGCUAGAUCUGGAUAUGAUUCAUUAUCACCAUCAAGGAUCUUGUCGCCAUACAUUUUCAACAGUAAAAUGAGAUCAUAGUUGAGUUAUAAGAUUGCAAUUUGCCAUUUUACCAGGUAGACCCCACCCUUUAAAGACUUUGUGGCAGAGGCUUCAGCGAGUGAUUCUGGUUCUCAGGACUGUAAAAAUACCUUAAUGGAACAAUGGCUACUAGAUCUAGUCAAACUUGUUUAGAUAUUGGUGAUUUGAUUGAUGUUAUUGACUUAUUGAAGAAAUGUGGCUUUCAAGGAACAAAGUGGCAAGAGCUGGGACUGAGACUAGGACUACUGAAAACUACACUGGAAGCACUUGAAAUGAAGUAUCGUGGAGAUGUGUAUCACUGUCAAACAGAGUGUCUCUCCCAUUGGCUACGUAGAGUUGAUAAUGUUGACAGAAGAGGAGGAGCCAACUUCAACUCACUGUCAGAUGCUUUACGAUCUAUGAAUGAAACUGCUGUAGCUGAGAAGUUAAGUGAGUCAACCAUAACUGUAUGUAUAACUAUAGUAUAG